UGUCAAACAUUUUAGCAGCAAAACUUGACAUUUUCCCUUUCGUCCUCUCUCUCUCAUCUGCGUUUCAUCCUCUCACUUCAUUAAUCACAUUUUUUUUCCUCUCCAUUUUCUUCUCCUUCUCUUCUCCAAUGGUCAUUUGUUGUUCAUACAAAUAAUCAAGUCAACGAUGCUUAUUCUCUUGUCCCGGUUUCAUUAUUUUUUUGUUUGAGCUUUAAUCCAAGCUUAAGAUUUUGAAUUUCCCAAAUCUCUGUUCUUUGACUUGUCUUACUUCAAAAGAUUCACAUCAUUUAUAUGAUCUGAGCUUCAAAAUCCAACCCAAGAACCAACACCCACUUCAGUCAACUCUGGUCCUGGAUCUGUUUCCCCCACAGUUUCACCAAACCCACAUCAAAAGUUUCAACAUUUAACCCAAAUCUCGAAUCUUUUUUUUUUAAACCAGCUAUGGUAGUAGAAGACCACCAACAACUCGAAAACGGCGGAUCCGUCCGUGUGGUGGUCAAAGGAGAGAGUCAUUUCCGUAAUGUGGUGUGGGGCCCAGUGCUGUGGAUAAAGAUGCUGGCCAAAGAGCUUCACUGGAGCUUUGUCUUCGGUGUGGUCUCGCUCUACGGUAUAAACCAAGGCCUCGGCGGCUCGCUGGGCCGUGUAGCCACGGAGUACUACAUGAAAGAUGUCCAAAAGGUUCAGCCUUCGGAGUCUCAGGCUCUCACCGCGAUCACCAAGAUUCCGUGGAUCAUCAAGCCUCUCUGGGGCAUUCUCACCGAUGUUCUUCCCAUCUACGGCUUCCACAGACGCCCUUACUUCGUUUUGGCAGGGGUCCUUGGAGUCGUCUCUAUGCUUUUCAUAUCGGUUCUUGGUAAUCUACACCUCUACUUGGCUCUCUUGUGGAUGACGAUAGCAAGCGCUGCGAUGGCCAUAGCUGAUGUGACCAUCGAUGCUUGCACUGCCUACAACAGUAUCAAACACCCUUCUCUUGCCUCGGAUAUGCAGAGCUUAUGUAGCUUAAGCUCUUCCAUUGGUGCACUUCUUGGUUUCUUCAUGAGUGGCAUCUUAGUUCAUCUUGUUGGCUCUAAGGGUGUGUUUGGCUUGCUGACACUCCCAUUUGCGUUGGCAUCAGUAGUGGGGAUGGUGUUUAGUGAGUCCCAUGUUCCUGGUUUCUCUUACAAACAGGUAAACCAGAAGUUUAUAGACGCAGGGAGAGCGAUGUGGAAGACAAUGAAGUGCUCAGAUGUGUGGAGGCCGAGUCUGUAUAUGUACAUUUCCCUUGCUCUUAGUUUCAACAUUCACGAAGGUCUCUUCUAUUGGUUCACAGAUUCAAAAGAUGGCCCUUUGUUUGCUCAGGAAACCGUUGGUUUCAUCCUCUCGAUUGGUUCAGUUGGGUCGAUUCUAGGAGCAACCUUGUACCAGCUAGUCCUAAAAGACCAUCCCUUCCGUGGCAUUUGUCUGUGGACUCAACUUCUCUUCGCCUUGGCGGGAAUGCUCGACCUCGUUCUCGUGCUGCGUCUCAACUUAAUAUUCGGCUUACCGGACUAUCUCUUCAUAGUGGUCGAUGAGGUAGUGUCUCAGAUGAUAGGACGCCUGAAAUGGAUGCCGCUGCUCGUGCUCACUUCGAAGCUCUGUCCUCACGGGAUCGAAGGGACUUUCUUCGCGUUGCUCAUGUCUAUCGACAACGCGGGGUUCAUGACCUCUUCUUGGCUCGGAGGAGUGCUGUUGCACGUCCUCAAGGUGACUAGGACGGAGUUUGGUAACCUCUGGCUCGCGGUUUUGAUAAGGAAUGUGAUGAGAGUUUCGCCGCUCUUUGUUCUGUUCCUUGUGCCUAAGGGAGAUCAGAACACGUUUAAGCUCCCUGGUGAGAUCAUGGGAGGAGAUUCUGAUGAUGAGAAAGAAGAAGCUCGGAACUUGGAGUUGGCGUCUCUUGUUCAUUCCGCUGAUAGAAGAUAGCUUAUAGAUUUCUCUUGUUAUAGACAGUCUUUUGAAGCACAUGCUUCAGUUUACUCAGCAUUUUAUCUGGAACUGUUUACCUGCACUGAUAUACAAAGUGCAGAUUUUGCAAGUUUGUCACAUUUUUUUUGGUAUAGGACAGUGUCUUGUAAUAUAAAUAGUUCCCUCACUAAAACUACUCUUACGUUAA